GUUAAUUAAUUUCUCGAAAACCUUCAAUUUGAUCUGAUAUCGAGAAGAAAUGGCGGCCAACGUUGCGUCCGGACGGAACGGGCUGCCGGAGAUUCAGACGCAGGAGAAGAAGGCGGACGGAAUAUUCCACCACGACAUAACGGCGCCGGUGAAUGCUCAGACGAUCGACGAACUUCAUUCUCUUCAGAAGAAGAAAUCGGCGCCGACCACUCCUCUCGACGGGAUUCGGGGUCCUUUUACGGCGGUCUCCGAUGAUGCCCGCAGCAAGCAACAACUUCAGUCUAUCAGCGCUUCGUUAGCAUCACUGACAAGAGAGACCGGACCCAAGGUGGUGAAAGGAGACCCGGCGGCGGCGAGGCAGUCGGAAACCCCCCGAGUUGUCGGCCACCACCACCACCAACGCCACGUCAGCCCCACCAUUAACGUCACCGAUAGUUCGUUGAAAUUCACUCACAUCCUCUACAACCUCUCUCCCGCCGAGCUGUACGAGCAGGCGAUUAAGUACGAGAAAGGAUCUUUCAUUACAUCGAGCGGUGCCCUAGCCACCCUCUCUGGUGCCAAAACUGGGCGUUCUCCCAAGGACAAACGCGUUGUUAGGGAUGAGUCAACCGAGCAUGAUCUUUGGUGGGGAAAGGGCUCACCGAACAUUGAAAUGGAUGAGCAUGCAUUCAUGGUUAAUAGAGAAAGAGCCGUGGAUUACUUGAAUUCCUUGGACAAGGUUUUUGUAAACGAUCAAUUCCUAAACUGGGACCCGGAGAAUCGUAUCAAAGUCAGAAUAGUCUCAGCCAGAGCCUACCAUUCAUUAUUCAUGCACAACAUGUGUAUUCGACCCACCCCGGAGGAGCUGGAGAAUUUCGGUACACCGGACUUCACUAUAUACAACGCGGGACAGUUCCCGUGUAACCGUUACACUCAUUACAUGACAUCAUCAACUAGCGUCGAUUUAAACCUCUCGAGAAGAGAAAUGGUCAUACUCGGGACCCAAUAUGCAGGGGAGAUGAAGAAAGGCCUAUUCGGUGUGAUGCACUAUCUCAUGCCCAAGCGUCAGAUUCUCUCUCUACACUCCGGUAGCAAUAUGGGCAAAGAUGGCGAUGUCGCUCUCUUCUUUGGCUUAUCAGGGACUGGAAAAACGACUCUGUCAACUGAUCAUAACCGAUACUUAAUUGGAGACGAUGAGCACUGCUGGAGUGAUAAAGGAGUGUCGAAUAUUGAAGGUGGCUGCUAUGCUAAGUGCAUUGAUCUCUCCAGGGAUAAGGAGCCUGAUAUUUGGAAUGCAAUCAAAUUUGGGACUGUAUUGGAAAAUGUUGUAUUUGAGGAGCAUACGAGAGAAGUGGAUUACUCGGAUAAAUCCGUCACAGAGAACACGAGAGCUGCUUAUCCGAUUGAAUACAUUCCGAAUGCUAAAAUCCCCUGCGUUGGUCCACACCCUAAGAAUGUGAUCCUCCUUGCAUGUGAUGCAUUUGGUGUGCUCCCACCUGUGAGUAAGCUCAAUCUGGCACAAACUAUGUACCAUUUCAUCAGUGGCUACACUGCACUGGUUGCUGGUACUGAAGAAGGAAUUAAGGAGCCACAAGCAACUUUCUCUGCUUGCUUUGGUGCAGCCUUCAUAAUGUUGCAUCCUACAAAAUAUGCUGCCAUGCUAGCCGAGAAGAUGCAAAAGCAUGGUGCCACGGGAUGGCUAGUUAACACUGGCUGGUCUGGCGGAAGAUAUGGAAGUGGGAGUCGCAUCAAAUUAGCGUACACUCGAAAAAUAAUUGAUGCUAUACAUUCCGGAAGUCUUUUGAAUGCGGAUUAUAAAAAGACCGAGGUGUUUGGGCUUGAAAUUCCGACCGAGGUUGAGGGUGUGCCUUCUGAAAUACUGCAACCUGCGAACACUUGGCCAGAUAAAAAGGCAUACAAUGAGACACUGGUGAAACUGGCUGGGCUAUUCAAGAACAAUUUCCAAGGAUUUGUGUCUCACAAGAUUGGCAUGGAUGACAAGUUGACUGAUGAAAUUCUUGCUGCUGGUCCUAUUUUCUGAUCCAUUUAUUUUCAUGGGAAUAAAACAAAUAUCUGCUACAAAUUAUUUUUAUGUUGGUUGUAUAUCCAAUUUAAAUUGAAUUGGAUGCAGAUAUUUUUGUUCAUCGCAAGUUGUAAUUACUACUGCUCUUUGUACAAAGUGAUUCUAUAAAUGGUGUCGAAUUUAG